AUGUCUACUAGUGGCUCACUACAACUCCCUCAAGCCCAACCCAAAUCCACUCCAGUUGGACUUCCUCAACAGAAGCCACUGUCGCUCCCUACCCAGUCGGGCAAGGCUAACGAUACGAGUGGUGACGAUGAUGUGAAGUCUGCCGUCAAAGAUACCCCGUCGGUUCCAGCUCCAAUUACGGAGCAAGCUCUAUCAAGCAUGCAUGGAAUUGUGCCGACACUACAAAAUAUUGUUGCUACAGUUAACUUGGAAGCAAGGCUGGACCUUAAGACUAUUGCAUUGCACGCCCGCAAUGCGGAGUACAACCCUAAGCGUUUCGCAGCAGUGAUUAUGCGUAUCCGUGAACCCAAGACGACCGCUCUUAUAUUUGCAUCGGGCAAGAUGGUUAUCACGGGUGCUAAGAGCGAAGACGACAGUCGUCUCGCCAGUCGAAAGUACGCGCGUAUUAUCCAAAAGCUUGGAUUCGAGGCUCGCUUCAGUGAAUUCAAGAUUCAGAAUAUUGUCGGAUCUUGCGAUGUGCGCUUCCCCAUCCGCCUGGAGGGUCUGGCGUACAGUCACGGUGUUUAUUCAUCGUACGAGCCAGAGCUCUUCCCUGGCCUGAUUUACCGUAUGGUCAAACCAAAGGUCGUGCUUCUUAUAUUCGUCUCAGGAAAAAUCGUCUUAACAGGCGCGAAAGUACGCGAGGAGAUUUAUACCGCCUUCAACCUUAUUCUCCCUGUGCUGUCUGAAUUCCGAAAACCUUGA